ACACACACACACACACUCCAAAUUAUUUGUAGAGCAAGGCAAGAAGUUGCUUGUUUACCACCAUGGCUCAACCACCAGAUCACUGAAGUUUGCAGAAUUAAUUUAAUCAAACGAUUAAUUUGAAUUAUAAUCCACCAAUUUCUAAGGUCAGACAUUACAUGGGCACCUGAUCACCAGGAGCCUUAUCUUAAGCCAUGGGAGAAUCCAGAGACUAUGUUGGAGAUUUCCUCACUGAAUUUAAGCAAGAAAUCAUUGUACGAGCAAGACAAGUCAGCGACAUCACAGAGGCGGUCAUCUGCCAAAGUCUGAUUCAUGACAGAACAGUUUGUCAAAUCCAAGAUGCUCCUACUGAGCAGGAGGUGAUGAGGCUUCUCUUUGAGGCCCUAGAAAGAUCAUCUUCUCAGCACAGAGCGUCCUUCCACCUGAUACUUAGAAUGACUGAACCUGAGCUAAUUCAAGAGUUAGAAAGGAGACAACGAAACACCAAGUGCACUCAGACUGAACAGGAUCUAUCAUAUGGUGAGAAAAAAGAGGAAGACAGCAAGAGCAAACACAGAGCUGACUCACAGAUAAAGAAAGAUUCACUAGCGAGAAGGAGACUCGUAAAGAUGGAGCAGGACAUAAACCGUGAAAAGCACAUACUUGAGCAAAUAAGAGCUAACCUGCAAAGAGAGAGAAAUGUUCUAGAAAACAAACAUGUUGAAUUUGUCAAAGAGAGAGAAAAAGCAAAACAAGAAAUUGAGAAAAGCAGGGAAAAGUUAAAACUUGAGGCAGAUCGGCUAAACCAACUGACAGCUGAAAUGCUUAAAGAGAAAGUACUCAUGGAGAACCGAUAUAACGAGACAUUUAGGGAAAGUCAGAUGUUUUAUAGGAACAAAGAAGAGUUGAAUAAAAACAUAGAAAUGAUGAGGAAUGAAAUAAAGCAAAUGCAAGACAUGAAAACUAUAUUAAUGGGACAGAAAGAGGAUGUGGAGGCCAAACUAGAGAAGGCAGUAAAGGAAAUUCAUGAACUUGAACAGCUGAGGAUAGACCUUCAGAGACAAAAUGAGGAAAUAGAAAACAAAUUCAUACAGACAAAGAGCAAUAUGGAUGAAAUUGAACGGAAGAAGGCUGAAAUACUAAAACAAAAAGAGGAUGCUGAAAACAAAAUGCGACUUGUGAAAACAGAGGCAGAAAAAAUGCAACGGAUCAAGGAGGAAAUACAACAACAAAGAAAAGAAUUAGAAGAAAGGAUGCAGUGGGCAAAACGUGAGAUGGAAGAGAUGGAACUUAUGAAAAAAGAGAUGGACAGAAGAAGAAAACAGCUUGAUCAAAUGAUGAAACAGACAACUAGGAGAAAGAGUGAAAUAGACAGAAUUGGAGCAGAAAUGGAGAAAGAACGAUUGGAAAUUGAACACAAAAGGGAUGAAGUACAAAAAGCAAGAGAAGACUUCCAGAUCUGGGUUGAAAAAAACAGUCUACCCAUGGAAGAAAAAGAAGGAAUAAAUGCUAAGAUUGUUAACCUCAUUUAUCAAAUUGAAAGAACCAGAGAAAUUGUAUGGGAUGCAACAUUUAAUAUGGAAAAUAGAAUGUCAGAAAGCCAACUAGGAGCAGUAGAAGUAAAUAAGAUGAAAUGUGAAAUGCAGAGACUCGUAGUAGAAAUUGAAUAUGUUAGAGAAAUGUUACAAUGGCUUAAAAAAGAGACUGAGCAAAGCAAGGAGGUCCUUAAGAAGGAGAAGGAAGAGAUAAGAAUGUUAAAGCUCGAGAUCCAACGAAGAAGAAGAGAACUUGAAAAGAAAGAAGAAAAGAUUAUGAGAGAACGAGGUGACUUAGAAAUCAUGAAUGCCAAGAUACAGCAACAAAGGAAAGAAUUGUCAGAAACUUUGGAAGAAAUACAAAAAAAUAAAACAUGGAUGCAGUCAGCGGACAAUGUGCAAAGAAACAUGGAUGAAACAGAGAGAAACAAUCUAAGGGAAAUGAUGGAGGAAAGAAGUAAACUUGGCAUGAUGAGAAUGGAACUUGAAUCUCAAAUACACGAAAUGGAAGAAAACAGGAAGGCAAUAAAACAGAAGAAUGUGAAACUUGAUCAGUUGAUAAAAGACACAGAUAUGAAGAAAAAAGAAAUAGAGAAGAACAGCCUCUUAAAUCAUAAUAUGAGAAAUGAGUUAGAAGCAAGCAAGGCAAAAUUAAAUGCUGAAAAAGAAGUUAUCAUCCUUGAAAAAGAAGAGAUACAGACUGAGAGAAAAAGCUUGGAGCAGUCAAGGGAAUCUAUGCAGAGUGAAAUGCAGGACUUGAAGAAUGCUUUGGAAAAAGCCAAAAUGGACAUACAAAAUCUAGAUGAAAUUAAGACACGUUUAGAAAAAGAAAAAUUCAGAGUCAGUGUCGAUAGCACAAGUCAAGGGACUCAUGCCUUGAAUAAGAUGGUUACUGAGAUAGCAAAGCAAAAAGAAGAUAUUGAGACAGAUAAAGCCCUUCUUGAAAAAGAGAAAAAUAAUCUGAACAAGAAGUGGUUGGACUUGCAGAAAAGAGAGGAGGAUUUACAACAGCAAAUAUCAAUUCAAAGAGAAAAAGAGGACAGUAAUUGUAUAGAAGUAGAAGAACGGAGAAAUUCACUGGAAAAAGAAAUUGAUAAGCUCAAGCAGCAAAAAAAUGAGGCAGAAAAAGAAAGGGAGGACAUAAUGAAGGAAAGAAAAGAACUUAAUACUAUCAAAGAGCAAAUUAUUCAAGAGAGACAAGAAAUGGAGGAAAUCAAAAAGAAGAUAGUAACAGACAAAGAACUACUCAACCAAAGACAGACAGAAAUUCAACAACAAAAAAAAAUUGUGGAGGACAAUAUGAAAGAAAUUAUUGAGGAUAGAUGUAAUCUGGAUAAGAUGAAAAUGGAAUCUGAAGCACAGAUACGAAAAAUGGACAUUGUUAGGGAGAAGAUGAAGCAGGAGAGAAAAGAACUUGAUCAGUUGAUGAACUACUUGCAAAUAGAAAAACAGAAUACUGAAAAGGAUAUGUCCUUAAACAACAAUUUGAGAAAUGAGUUAGAAGAAAUGAAGACAAAGCUAAAUGCCGAACAAGAAGUUAUCGCCCUGGAAAAACAAAAAAUAGAGAAUGAGAGAAAAAGAUUUAAGUUGUCAGAGGCAACUAUGCAGAGAGAAAUCGAGGACAUGGAGAAUGCUUUGGAAAAGGUCAGAGAACUAGAACAAGAAGAAAAGCAAUAUGGUAUUCAUGUUGAAGAAAUAAAUCAGAAGAAGAAUGACUUGGAAUUGAUAACUGCAGCAACAUCGGAACAAAAUUCUGAUAAGAAAAAUAAAGAUAUGAAAACUAAUUUAAAGAAAGAGAAGGCAAUGAAGGAAAUGCUUAAAGACGAACAGCUGAAGGCAGACAAGAAUGAUGAGAUUGAGAACAAAAUUGUAGAAACUAAGAGCAAGACCAUUAAAACUGAGCAGCUGAAGACUGAGAUACUGAAUGAUGUUGAAGAAAAAAUGCAUCUUGUAAAAAUAGAGAGGGAAACGACACAACAGGUCAAGGAGGAAAUUCAACAACAAAGAAAUGAACUGGAGGAAAGGACACAGAAGAUGAAACGAGAGAUAGCAGAAAUGGAACUUGUAAAAAAUGAGAUAGAAAAGAAGAGAAAGGAUCUUAACCAAAAGAUGAAGCAAGUAACAAGGAAAAAAUAUGAGCUAGACCAAAUAAGGGAGGAAAUCCAAAAAGAAAAAAAAGAAAUGGAAAGCCAAAGGGUAAAAGCUGAGAAGCAGAGAUUUGAGAUAGAAUGUGUUAAAGCUGAAAUACAAAGGACAAAAGAGGAAUUUGAGAAGAGCGUUGAAGUCACUUCAGACAUGGAACAAACAGAGGAGGUAAGUGCUGAAAUUGUCAGACUUUUUGACCUAAUUGAACGAACUAGAGAAAUUGUACGGGGCACCAAGAUUCACUUUGAAAAUAAAAUGGCAGAAAACCAACGAGUAACAGUAGAGGAAAAUACUCAAAAAGCAGAAAUAGAGAGACUUGUUUCAGAAAUUGAAAAUAUUAGAAGGAUGUUACAACAAUUAAAAUUCGAAAUGGAGCAAAACCAGGAGGUCCUUAGGAGAGAAAAGGAAGAGAUGAAAAUGUUAAAAACAAAAAUGCAGCGAAGAAAGAGAGACCUUGAAAACAAAGCAGAGCAGAAUAUGAGAGAACGAGGUGACUUAGAAAUGAUGCAUGCCAAAAUAAUGGAAAAAAAUUUAGAAUUAAAGCUAACAUUGGAAGAAAUAAAAAAAAAUAAAGUAAAUCAAGUAAGACAAGAUGAACAAAAAGAACUGAAUGAAAGAGAAAGUGGCAAAAAGAAAGAAAGCAAAGUACUUGACAAACUACAAAAGGAACAGGCAGAAAAAGAAAGGGAAGACCUAGAGAAGAAUUGGCAAGAACUUGAAUCAGUGAAAAAGCAAAUGGCAGAAGAGAGGAAUGAAAUGGAGGAAAUUAAAAAGAAGAUACAAACCGAUAAAGAACUACUUGACCAAAGGGAGACAGAAAUGAAUGAACAAAAGCAAAUUCUGGAAGAUAAUUUGAAAGAAAUAAUGCGAGAUAGGACAAAUCUGGAAAAGUUGAAAAUGGAACUUGAUCUACAGAAACAAGAAAUAGAAAACACUGUCAGAGAGAAGAUGAAGCAAGAGAAAGAAGAGCUUGAUAAUAUCAUGAAAGAAAUAAGCAUCAAGGAGCAAGAUGUUGAAGAGCAAAUGUCUGUGAUCAACAAUUUGAGAAUUGAGCUAGAAAAAAUGAAGCUGAAACUGAAUGGGGACCAAGAAGCUAUAUCUCUUGAAAAGCAAGAGUUAGAGAAUGAGAAACACAGAUUUGACCAAUUAAAGUCAUCUAUGCAGAGUGAAAUGCAGGACAUGAAGAAUGCUUUGGAAACAGCCAAGAUGGAUGUAAUGAAUCUGGAUGAAAUAAAAACAAGGCUGGAGCAGGAAAGAGAAGAAUGUAGGAUUAUUGUUGAAGACGCAAAGCAACAGAAGGAUGCCUUGGAGAAGAUGGGUUCUGAAAUCGCAAAGCAACAGCAAGACAUAGAGGCUAACCAAGCUCUUCUAGAAAAAGACAGAAAUGAUCUUGAAAAGAAAUCUCUGGAUUGGCAAGAAAAACAGGAGGAGAUGCAGUUGCAAAUCAAACAUCAAAGAGAAAAAGAGGACAGUGAAAAACUGGUAUUGGAGCAACAGAGAAAUGAACUGGAUAAAGAAAUCUGUAAGAUCAAGCAACAAAAAGAACAGGCAGAAAAAGAAAGGGAAGACCUAGAGAAAAAUUGGCAAGAACUUGACUCAGUGAAAGAGCAAAUGGCAGAAGAGAGGAAUAAAAUGGAGGAAAUUAAAAAGAAGAUACAAACCGAUAAAGAACUACUUGACCAAAGGGAGACAGAAAUGAAUGAACAAAAGCAAAUUCUGGAAGAUAAUUUGAAAGACAUAAUGCGAGAUAGGACAAAUCUGGAAAAGAUGAAAGUGGAACUUGGUCUACAGAAACAAGAAAUAGAAAACACUGUCAGAGAGAAGAUGAAGCAAGAGAAAGAAGAGCUUGAUAAGAUCAUGAAAGAAAUAACCAUCAAGGAGCAAGAUGUUGAACAGCAAAUGUCUGUGAUCAACAAUUUGAGAAUUGAGCUAGAAAAAAUGAAGCUGAAACUGAAUGGGGACCAAGAAGCUAUAUCUCUUGAAAAGCAAGAGUUAGAGAAUGAGAAACACAGAUUUGACCAAUUAAAGUCAUCUAUGCAGAGUGAAAUGCAGAACAUGAAGAAAGCUUUGGAAACAGCCAGGAUGGAUGUAAUGAAUCUGGAUGAAAUAAAAACAAGGCUGGAGCAAGAAAGAGAAGAAUGUAGGAUUAUUGUUGAAGAUGCAAAGCAACAGAAGGAUGCCUUGGAGAAGAUGGGUUCUGAAAUCGCAAAGCAACAGCAAGACAUAGAGGCUAACCAAGCUCUUCUAGAAAAAGACAGAAAUGAUCUUGAAAAGAAAUCUCUGGAUUGGCAAGAAAAACAGGAGGAGAUGCAGUUGCAAAUCAAACAUCAAAGAGAAAAAGAGGACAGUGAAAAACUGGUAUUGGAGCAACAGAGAAAUGAACUGGAAAAAGAAAUCUGUAAGAUCAAGCAACAAAAAGAACAGGCAGAAAAAGAAAGGGAAGACCUAGAGAAGAAUUGGCAAGAACUUGACUCAGUGAAAGAGCAAAUGGCAGAAGAGAGGAAUGAAAUGGAGGAAAUUAAAAAGAAGAUACAAACCGAUAAAGAACUACUUGACCAAAGGGAGACAGAAAUGAAUGAACAAAAGCAAAUUCUGGAAGAUAAUUUGAAAGACAUAAUGCGAGAUAGGACAAAUCUGGAAAAGAUGAAAGUGGAACUUGAUCUACAGAAACAAGAAAUAGAAAACACUGUCAGAGAGAAGAUGAAGCAAGAGAAAGAAGAGCUUGAUAAUAUCAUGAAAGAAAUAAGCAUCAAGGAGCAAGAUGUUGAAGAGCAAAUGUCUGUGAUCAACAAUUUGAGAAUUGAGCUAGAAAAAAUGAAGCUGAAACUGAAUGGGGACCAAGAAGCUAUAUCUCUUGAAAAGCAAGAGUUAGAGAAUGAGAAACACAGAUUUGACCAAUUAAAGUCAUCUAUGCAGAGUGAAAUGCAGAACAUGAAGAAUGCUUUGGAAACAGCCAAGAUGGAUGUAAUGAAUCUGGAUGAAACAAAAACAAGGCUGGAGCAAGAAAGAGAAGAAUGUAGGAUUAUUGUUGAAGAUGCAAAGCAACAGAAGGAUGCCUUGGAGAAGAUGGGUUCUGAAAUCGCAAAGCAACAGCAAGACAUAGAGGCUAACCAAGCUCUUCUAGAAAAAGACAGAAAUGAUCUUGAAAAGAAAUCUCUGGAUUGGCAAGAAAAACAGGAGGAGAUGCAGUUGCAAAUCAAACAUCAAAGAGAAAAAGAGGACAGUGAAAAACUGGUAUUGGAGCAACAGAGAAAUGAACUGGAAAAAGAAAUCUGUAAGAUCAAGCAACAAAAAGAACAGGCAGAAAAAGAAAGGGAAGACCUAGAGAAGAAUUGGCAAGAACUUGACUCAGUGAAAGAGCAAAUGGCAGAAGAGAGGAAUAAAAUGGAGGAAAUUAAAAAGAAGAUACAAACCGAUAAAGAACUACUUGACCAAAGGGAGACAGAAAUGAAUGAACAAAAGCAAAUUCUGGAAGAUAAUUUGAAAGACAUAAUGCGAGAUAGGACAAAUCUGGAAAAGAUGAAAGUGGAACUUGAUCUACAGAAACAAGAAAUAGAAAACACUGUCAGAGAGAAGAUGAAGCAAGAGAAAGAAGAGCUUGAUAAGAUCAUGAAAGAAAUAACCAUCAAGGAGCAAGAUGUUGAACAGCAAAUGUCUGUGAUCAACAAUUUGAGAAUUGAGCUAGAAAAAAUGAAGCUGAAACUGAAUGGGGACCAAGAAGCUAUAUCUCUUGAAAAGCAAGAGUUAGAGAAUGAGAAACACAGAUUUGACCAAUUAAAGUCAUCUAUGCAGAGUGAAAUGCAGAACAUGAAGAAUGCUUUGGAAACAGCCAAGAUGGAUGUAAUGAAUCUGGAUGAAACAAAAACAAGGCUGGAGCAGGAAAGAGAAGAAUGUAGGAUUAUUGUUGAAGACGCAAAGCAACAGAAGGAUGCCUUGGAGAAGAUGGGUUCUGAAAUCGCAAAGCAACAGCAAGACAUAGAGGCUAACCAAGCUCUUCUAGAAAAAGACAGAAAUGAUCUUGAAAAGAAAUCUCUGGAUUUGCAAGAAAAACAGGAGGAGUUGCAGUUGCAAAUCAAACAUCAAAGAGAAAAAGAGGACAGUGAAAAACUGGUAUUGGAGCAACAGAGAAAUGAACUGGAAAAAGAAAUCAGUAAGAUCAAGCAACAAAAAGAACAGGCAGAAAAAGAAAGGGAAGACCUAGAGAAGAAUUGGCAAGAACUUGAAUCAGUGAAAGAGCAAAUGGCAGAAGAGAGGAAUGAAAUGGAGGAAAUUAAAAAGAAGAUACAAACCGAUAAAGAACUACUUGACCAAAGGGAGACAGAAAUGAAUGAACAAAAGCAAAUUCUGGAAGAUAAUUUGAAAGAAAUAAUGCGGGAUAGGACAAAUCUGGAAAAGAUGAAAAUGGAACUUGGUCUACAGAAACAAGAAAUAGAAAACACUGUCAGAGAGAAGAUGAAGCAAGAGAAAGAAGAGCUUGAUAAGAUCAUGAAAGAAAUAACCAUCAAGGAGCAAGAUGUUGAAGAGCAAAUGUCUGUGAUCAACAAUUUGAGAAUUGAGCUAGAAAAAAUGAAGCUGAAACUGAAUGGGGACCAAGAAGCUAUAUCUCUUGAAAAGCAAGAGUUAGAGAAUGAGAAACACAGAUUUGACCAAUUAAAGUCAUCUAUGCAGAGUGAAAUGCAGAACAUGAAGAAUGCUUUGGAAACAGCCAAGAUGGAUGUAAUGAAUCUGGAUGAAACAAAAACAAGGCUGGAGCAAGAAAGAGAAGAAUGUAGGAUUAUUGUUGAAGACGCAAAGCAACAGAAGGAUGCCUUGGAGAAGAUGGGUUCUGAAAUCGCAAAGCAACAGCAAGACAUAGAGGCUAACCAAGCUCUUCUAGAAAAAGACAGAAAUGAUCUUGAAAAGAAAUCUCUGGAUUGGCAAGAAAAACAGGAGGAGAUGCAGUUGCAAAUCAAACAUCAAAGAGAAAAAGAGGACAGUGAAAAACUGGUAUUGGAGCAACAGAGAAAUGAACUGGAUAAAGAAAUCUGUAAGAUCAAGCAACAAAAAGAACAGGCAGAAAAAGAAAGGGAAGACCUAGAGAAGAAUUGGCAAGAACUUGACUCAGUGAAAGAGCAAAUGGCAGAAGAGAGGAAUAAAAUGGAGGAAAUUAAAAAGAAGAUACAAACCGAUAAAGAACUACUUGACCAAAGGGAGACAGAAAUGAAUGAACAAAAGCAAAUUCUGGAAGAUAAUUUGAAAGAAAUAAUGCGGGAUAGGACAAAUCUGGAAAAGAUGAAAAUGGAACUUGGUCUACAGAAACAAGAAAUAGAAAACACUGUCAGAGAGAAGAUGAAGCAAGAGAAAGAAGAGCUUGAUAAUAUCAUGAAAGAAAUAAGCAUCAAGGAGCAAGAUGUUGAAGAGCAAAUGUCUGUGAUCAACAAUUUGAGAAUUGAGCUAGAAAAAAUGAAGCUGAAACUGAAUGGGGACCAAGAAGCUAUAGCUCUUGAAAAGCAAGAGUUAGAGAAUGAGAAACACAGAUUUGACCAAUUAAAGUCAUCUAUGCAGAGUGAAAUGCAGGACAUGAAGAAUGCUUUGGAAACAGCCAAGAUGGAUGUAAUGAAUCUGGAUGAAAUAAAAACAAGGCUGGAGCAGGAAAGAGAAGAAUGUAGGAUUAUUGUUGAAGACGCAAAGCAACAGAAGGAUGCCUUGGAGAAGAUGGGUUCUGAAAUCGCAAAGCAACAGCAAGACAUAGAGGCUAACCAAGCUCUUCUAGAAAAAGACAGAAAUGAUCUUGAAAAGAAAUCUCUGGAUUUGCAAAGAAGACAGCAGGAGUUGGAAAUGCAAAUCAGACAUCAAAGAGAAAAAGAGGACAGUGAAAAACUGGUAAUGGAGCAACAGAGAAAUGAAAAGAAAAAGGAAGAGAAACUCAUGGAAAAAUCUAUUAAAAAGGGGAUGAUGCCAGAAACACUCAUCCUGGAACACCACAAUGAAAGGGAGGGAUUGAAUGUUAUCAGUGAAGAGAAUAGCAAAAAACAAAAAUUCCUUGAAGAUGAAUCACUAAGGCAACAUCACACCACAAAGAAUGCUAUGAAUGAGAUUACAUCAGAAAAUAAUGAAAUAGAUCAAAUGAAAGUGCAAAUACAGGGACAAAAAAAUGACCUAGAUAAUGUCUUAAAAAAGCAGCAACAAGAAUUUGAGAUCAGGGAGCUUGACAUUGAGACGGAAAAGGCAUCUAUUGAGAAGAUGAAAGCCGACUUGGCAAGGCUGGCCAAGGAAAUGAAUGCUGAGAAAGAUGAGCUGAGAAUCAAGAAGGACAUUCUUGAGUGUUGGGAGGCAGAGCUAUUGAAGCAGAGAUUUGAGACUGAGACAAUGAAGAACACUCUGGAAACUGAAAAAGUUCAGCUUGAGAGAGCACGUUCUGACAUACAACAGUGCCAGAAUCACAUGGACAGAAUAUUGGAAGCCACCAAGAAAACAAAAGACAAGCAAAAAGACAAAAUCAUACAGUGCAAACUGGAAAUGCAUAUGAAAGAUACAGAAACCAUGACAGAGCCUACUACUGAACACAAAGUCACGGAGAUAAAGACAACUGCUUCUCAGACGGAUGCUCUGAGUGACAAAAAAGUAAUUGAUGAAAUAAGCAGAACAAUAGAGAACAUGGAGAAAGAUCUACAGAAAAGAUUACAAGAAAUUCACAAAAAUGAAAUAAAGAAAGUUGGACUACAGAAAGGAAAAAUUGAGCAGGAGCUGAUGAAAGAUUUGUUUCAUAAUGAACGAGAAACGGAUGGGCAGAAAAUCAUGGAGAAAGAACAACAAAUCAUUUUGUUAAAGGAAUGCAUGCUUUUAGAGAUUAGUCAAUUGAAGAGCAAGAGAAAAGAUUCAAACACCAAAUACCUACAAAGGAUGGAGGAUCUCAUCAAUGAAACAUCCACAAUUAAAGACAAAAUCAGGAAUAUGACAGAUAAAGCAGUACAAACAGUGACAAAGGAGAGACAGACAAAAGAAUUGGAGGCAUGGUCUGACAAACAGGUAGAAGGAAUUCAGACAGAAGGACUAAUGGAGCUUGCUAGCCCUUCUGUUCAUAUGCUGAGUGAUGACAGGAAUGAGAGACUAAGAAAGGCUCCAGAGGAAGCACAAACUACAAAUGUAUUACAAAGACGGGGGCUACUGCGAUGGAUCAGGCGGUGCUGCUGCUACUGUUGCCCAAGUGAAAUUAAACAAGAAGAACAAAACAUUUUAGAUUCUUGAAGUCAAACACGCAUUGUUCUAAAAAUACAAAUAUGAAACAAAGCCUUCUACAAUUUUACUUCCAUAUAAUGUUGGCUUCAGUUGUAUGAAAUUACUGUGGUAGCUGCAAGAGAAGCCAAAAUGGAGUGACACUCCACAAGUGUAUACAGUAGGUGAUAUAGUUUUUCACUGAAUGUGAGACAAAUUUGUUGCACUUAUUGUUAUGAUUACUAUACAUUAAUAAUCAUCUAAAUCAUAUUGUAAUUAUCCAUUUAUGCUUUUUACUGAUUAAAUGAUUACCAGCCAUUUUUCCAUAUUUUAUCAGAUUUUCUGGAUGCAUGCUUGUGUGAUAUCUGAUACAAAUAUUCAACUAAUCUGCUAUUUUUUAUUAUUUGCUGUUUGAAUUAACUUUUGAUUCUGAUCUGAUGUAUUAUUAUAACACAGUGCUGGAAUAGUUAAAAACAUUUGUCAUAGCUCCCUGUGCAACAAGGUUAAAGGUAAAAUGCACAUAUCCUGUACAUCUUGCAAGUGUUUGUGGAUGUCACACAACAACUGGUUUGGAAAUGGUGUUGCACGGUUAAUGGAGGAGGAUUGUGAAGAAAAAGAUUCAAAAGAAUCAUGAUUUCCUUAAAAUAUGCAGUCUAUAUAUUUGCAAAUUUAGAUUGGAAUAUGGAUGAUGUUGCAAACUUACCUCAACUUAUCUUAAAUGCAGUGAGCUGUGAAAUGUUAAUUAGUUCACCAGAUAAAAAAAUAAAAAUGAAAUUAACAUAGAAACUAGUUAACAGUAAAUUUGUAUCCAUCUACAUAUAUUUCAAUAAAUGUAGCCUUUUGAAUUCAUAAA